UGCGGCUCAUCCAAACCAGCGCACUUCGCGUAUAAAAGGUGCAGGCCGACAGCGGGCCACUGCAUUCGCUCCUUGAGACUGCGAACAUGAAGGUUGCCCUUUUCACCUGUGCCGUGCUGCUCCUGGUGGCUGCUGCCACUGCCUUCCCCUAUGCCGUGAUUGAGUACGAGGUUCCUGAGGAAAACGUCAGAGUGGUCAGGUCUCCGCAGUACGGCCGCCCUGGCUACGGACACGGAGGAGGAGGAGGAUACCGCCCCCAGCACGGAUACAGACCACAAGGCGGCGGAUACUACCCUGGAGGCGGUUUCGGAGGCGGCGGAUUCAGCGGCAGUGCCUCCAGUGCUAACGCCGCCAGCCAGAGUUUCGGCGGUGGUGGAUUCGGCGGCAGUGCCUCCAGUGCCAACGCUGCCAGCCAGUCUUUCGGAUUUGGCGGCUAAAGCAGUGAGACUGAUGUUCGAAAAAGAGAACGUGUAAAAGAAAAAGUACAAAAAACGUGAAAAAGAUAAUAGUUUGUAAGCUGACGUGAUUACAAUAAAAAAUACUACAUAAGAAUAA